AUGGAUUUCGAGACCAACGAGGACAUCAACGGGGUACGUUUCUCCUGGAACGUGUUCCCCUCGACAAGAACGGACGCUAACAAGAACGUGAUCCCGGUCGGGUGCGUUUACACGCCGCUGAAGGAGUUCGAGGAUGAGAAUGGGGAGUCGCAACUGAAUCUCGCACAGUACAACCCUGUCGUGUGUUCUGGUCCGCAAUGUAAGGCGAUUUUGAACCCUUACUGUGCGAUUGACCCUCGCAGCAACUCGUGGACGUGUCCGAUCUGUAACUCGAGAAACCACUUGCCCACGCAGUAUGCGAACAUGACGCAGGAGAACAUGCCACUUGAGUUGCAGAUGACCACCGUAGAGUACAUCACCAACAAGCCCGUGCAGAUCCCACCCAUCUUCUUCUUCGUCAUUGACAUUACUUCCGAACAGGAGAACCUUGACGCGUUGAAGGAAAGUAUCAUUACUUCGUUGUCCGUGCUGCCACCGAACGCGCUGAUUGGGUUGAUCACCUACGGGAACGUCGUGCAACUGCACGACCUGUCCAGUGAAACGAUCGACAGGUGCAACGUCUUCAGAGGUGACAGAGAGUACCAGAUCGACCAGCUCACCGAGAUGCUCACGGGUCAGAAACCGGCAAGCGGGAUGGCAGUGCCAAACUUGAAAGUGACUCCAGUCUCGCUUAACAGGUUCUUUUUGCCAUUGGAGCAAGUCGAGUUCAAGCUCAACCAGUUGUUGGAGAACUUGUCCCCAGACCAGUGGUCAGUCCCAGCGGGGCACAGACCUUUGCGAGCGACAGGGUCAGCUCUGAACAUUGCCUCGCUGCUGUUGCAAGGCUGCUACAAGAACGUCCCAGCACGGAUCAUCCUGUUUGCUGCUGGGCCAGGCACGCUGUCUCCUGGGCUGAUCGUCAACUCGGAAUUGAAGGACCCUCUGAGAUCACACCAUGAUAUCGACUCGGACCGCGCCGCCCACUACAAGAAGGCUUGCAAGUUCUACAACCAAAUCGCCAACAGAAUCGCCGAGAACGGUCACACGGUUGACAUCUUUGCUGGGUCGUACGACCAGGUCGGUAUGUCUGAGAUGAAGCAAUUGACAGACUCUACAGGUGGGGUACUGCUGUUGACCGAUGCGUUCUCCACAGCGAUCUUUAAGCAGUCCUACACGAGACUGUUCUCGAAGGAUGAGGAGGGAUACUUGAAGAUGGCCUUCAACGGUAUCAUGUCCGUCAAGACAAGCAAGGACUUGAAAUUGCAAGGGCUUGUCGGCCACGCCACUGCAGUCAAGAAGACAGACGCGCACAACAUCAGCGACUCGGAGAUCGGCAGCGGUGGUACCUCCACAUGGAAGAUGUCCACUUUGUCCCCACAUCACACCUACGCCGUGUUCUUUGAAAUUGCAAACACGGUCGCCAACAACACCGCGGGGAACAACAUGGGCAUGAUGAACGGGGACGGACCCAAGCUUGCCUACACACAAUUUGUCACAUCGUACCAGCACUCCUCCGGGACAAACCGUAUUAGAGUGACUACUGUUGCGAACCAACUGCUGCCAUUCGGGACACCUGCGAUCGCCGCAUCGUUCGACCAAGAGGCGGCAGCUGUGUUGAUGGCAAGAAUUGCAGUAUACAAGGCAGAACAGGACGACGGUGCGGACGUCAUCAGAUGGAUCGACCGGAACUUGAUCAAACUGUGCCAGAAAUACGCGGACUACAACAAAGAGGACCCAGCGUCGUUCAGACUGGCACCAAACUUCUCCCUGUACCCUCAGUUCACGUACUACUUGAGAAGAUCACAGUUCCUAAGUGUGUUCAACAACUCGCCAGAUGAGACUGCCUUCUACAGACACAUCUUCACCAGAGAGGACACAACUAACUCGUUGAUCAUGAUCCAGCCUACUCUGACAUCGUUCUCCAUGGAGGAGGAUCCACAGCCUGUUCUCUUGGACUCUGUGUCGGUGAAACCAAACACGAUUCUGUUGUUGGAUACUUUCUUCUACAUCUUGAUAUAUCAUGGUGAACAAAUUGCUCAAUGGAGGAAAGCUGGUUAUCAAGACGACCCCAACUAUGCUGAUUUUAAAGCGCUAUUGGAGGAGCCCAAACUGGAGGCUGCUGAACUGUUGGUUGAUAGAUUUCCGCUACCAAGAUUUAUUGACACAGAGGCCGGUGGUUCUCAGGCCAGAUUCCUGUUGUCUAAGUUGAACCCCUCGGAUAACUACCAGGAUAUGGCCCGCAGCGGUUCCACCAUUGUCUUAACCGACGAUGUCUCGCUGCAAAAUUUCAUGACCCACUUACAGCAAGUUGCCGUUACAGGCCAGUCAUAA